UUGGAUGCAUUGUUUUUUUUUGAAUUCUAAUUGACAUCGAUUGAGGCAUUUAAAAAAAUUGAUUGUUUAAUUUUUCAAAUUAAUAAUGGCAACUAGUAACAAUGAUCAACAACAAUCACCAUCGGCAACAACUAGUGGACGUUUAGAUUUAAUUCUUCCUCAUCUUAGUGAUAUUCGUAUACCGACUACUGGAGAUAAAGUUUACAAAGAUGAAUGUGUUUAUUGUUUCGAUACACCCUCUUCACCCGAUGGAAUUUAUAUCUGUAUGAAAACUUUUCUUGGUUUGGGACGUAAAUUCGUUCCAUUUCAUCAUGUUCGUACUGGUAGUGCUGUAUAUUUGAAUAUACGACGAAAAACAGUUCCAGUGAAAAAAGAUUUCAGUAAUGAUGAUAAAUCAAAGAUUACUAAAUUGGCCAUCAAUGUUGAAGGUGGAUUUCAAACUGCUGAUAAUAAAUUAGAACAUCAAGAAUAUAAUUCGAUCAUAAUAAUGCCAGAUUUUAUUGAAAUUUCAUUGGAUCUUACUGGUUCAACAGAAUUACCUGAUAAAGUGGUUAUGGCUGUUUCGGGAAUUUUAUCAGCAGAAUCAGCAUCAAAACGUGCUGAAUUAGAAUCAUUGGAAAAUACUUGGGAUGGUGAAAAACGAUCCGUUUCGAAACAUAGUGAAAAGUUGAUUCAGUUAGAUAAUGGAGUUCGUAUACCUCCAUCCGGAUGGAAAUGUCAAAAAUGUGACAUACGUGAAGGAUUAUGGCUUAAUUUGACCGAUGGUUCAAUUGGAUGUGGUCGAAAAUAUUUUGAUGGAACCGGUGGUAAUAAUCAUGCAUCUGAACACUAUGAUGAAACCAAAUAUCCUUUGGUUGUCAAAUUGGGAACCAUCACUCCUAAUGGUGCAGAUGUUUAUUCUUAUGAAGAAGAUGCUAUGGUACUUGAUCCGAAUCUAGAUAAACAUCUUUCUCAUUUUGGUAUCAAUCUUUCGGAUUGUCGUAAAACUGAAAAAUCAAUGCUCGAAAUGGAAAUCGAUUUGAACAAACGUUUUGAUGAAUGGUCUAUUAUCCAGGAAGAUGGUCUUGAAUUGAAACCACUUUUCGGUCCUGGAUUCACUGGAAUGGCUAAUCUUGGCAAUAGUUGUUAUCUUAAUUCAGUGAUGCAAAUGUUGUUCAAUAUACCGGAUUUUAUUGAUGAAUAUUAUCGACAAGAUAAAUCGGUACAAUAUCGAGAAUCCGAUAAUAUUGAUCCAGCUGGAGAUUUACGUACACAAUUAAUGCGUUUAGCAGCAGGUCUUUUAUCGGGCGAAUAUUCUCUUUUUAGUGAAAAUCUUAAUGAACAGAUUGGAAUCUGUCCACAAUUAUUUAAAAAUCUUAUCGGUCGUAAUCAUAUAGAAUUUAAGUCAAAACGUCAACAAGAUGCACAAGAAUUUCUUCUUUAUGUUAUUGAAAAGAUUGAAAAAAUGCAUCACGCUGAACAAAGUCGUGGACGAAAUCGUACAGUAGAACCACCGGGUGAUUGUUUUAAAUUUGAAAUUGAACAACGUGUUGAAUGUGGUGAAAGUGGUAAAGUUAAAUAUACUAAUCGUCAAGAAUCACAUUUAUCGUUACCAGUUACUGAUGUGCCUAUACAAAAUCAAGCUGAAUAUGAUGCUUAUUUGGCACUCAAACAACAGGCCGAAGUUAAUGGAGAAAAAUUAGAUUCAAGCCAUACAGUUCAUCCAAUCAUUAAAUUAACUGAUUGUAUUGAUAACUUUGCUGCCAAAGUUCGAAUCGAAGAAUUUUAUAGUUCUGCUGUAAAUCGGAAAACAUUUGCAACAAUGACAAGUCGAUUUCGUACUUUUCCAGAUUUUUUAUUGAUUCAUUUGAAAAAAUUUACUUUGAAUGAAAAUUGGACACCAAAAAAAUUGGAUAUAUCUAUGGAUGUUCCUGAUCAUAUUGAUUUGGAAUGUUUUCGUGCUCAAGGAAAACAACAAAAUGAAGAAGAACUUCCUGAAGAUGCAAUUGUUGAAGAUGGUAAUAAUUCUGCUUCAACAAAUGUACCUUCAUUUGAAUUUAAUCAAGAAUUUCUUCAACAAUUGAUCGAUAUGGGUUUUCCAGUUGAAGCUUGUAAACGUGCUUUGUUUCAUACACAAAAUGCAGGUAUGGAACAAGCUACCGGCUGGAUUCUCGAACAUCUUGAUGAUCCAACAACAAUGGAACCAUUUGUAAUACCGUCCAAUGCCAGUCUUCCUCAAGGAGAACAAACCAGUAAUGCUAGUGGUCAAUUAUCGCGAGUCGAAAUUGAACCAGAAGCUUUACAAACGUUACGAGAUAUGGGCAUGCCAGAACGAUAUGCAUGUCUUGCAUUAAAGUUCAAUAAUAACCAAGCUGAACGUGCUAUCGAAUGGUAUUUCUCAAACGAACAUCAAAUAGAUUCGAUUGAAAGAGAAGAGUUGGCCAAACAAGCACAAAUGAAUGCAUCGAGUACCGUUAAUCAACAACAACAACAACAACAAACUACCAGAGAUGGUGUUGGACGAUAUGAAUUGGUUGGAUUUAUUUCACAUAUGGGUCAAUCAACAUUUUGUGGACAUUAUGUUGUUCAUUUAAAGAAAACUUUACCUUCUGAAACCGAAGCAUCACAAACACCAAAUUCAUCGUCAACAACAUUAUCAUCGUCACAAGCCGAACAACAAUGGGUCAUAUUUAAUGAUAAUAAAGUGGCCAUUUCUGAACGUCCUCCAAAACAAUUUGCAUACAUUUAUCUAUAUCGCCGUUGUACAUGAUUAUUAUCUAGAUAAUACCUUUUGAUUCUCUUUGAUUAGAUAAUAUAUUAUUCUUAAGGUUUCUGGUGUGUGUGUGUGUGUUCGUCAAUC